UAUUACCAAGAUAAAGAAAAUCACAGAGUUAAUCUCGUGGUUGAGUGUUUUUCCAUUGUUAGAGUUCUGCAGAGAUGUCUAACUUUACCUCUAAAUAAAAAAAGCUGGUACAAUUAAUUAAGGAGCAGUAAAAGGAAAAAUGGAACUUUUCCCUUCACAAAUGAACAUUAGAAAGGGAGGAGAGUGUCUUUUUGAAGCGCACACAAACAAGCCAAAAAAGAAACGAAAAUUAGAAAGAGCAAUCAGCCACAAAAAUAAAGGGGAGUGGGACCCAUAUGUGAAAACGUUACACUAGAAAUUAGAAAACAUGAAUAAAAAGAGCUGGGCAUUGAAGAUUUUUAAUAAACUUAUCCUGAUAGAAGCCACUGCAUUUUCUCGUAAAACCUCCUCCACCCAAUACAUAAUCCACUCCUCCAUCACCCCCUUCUUUUCAUUCACUAAACUUGCUUCUUAAAACUGUUCCUACUCAUUAUUUCUCUUUUAUUUCUCUCUUUCCUUAAACAACAUACAUUAUUUCUUCUUCCAUUUACAUAGUCAUGGCUGCUGCAGUCACUGCUGCAGUUUCUUUCCCUACAACCAAGUCUUCAACUCUCUCCUCUAGAACUUCUUCUAUCAUCUCUACUGACAAGAUCAGCUACAAAAAGGUUCCUUUGUACCACAGAAAUGUAUCUGCUGUUGGUAAAGUGGGGGCCAUUAGAGCCCAAGUUACCUCAGAUGUGGCAGCUCCUCCUGCAAAAGUUGAGAAGCAUUCUAAGAAAAUGGAGGAAGGAGUUAUUUUAAACAAGUAUAAGCCUAAAGAACCUUACGUUGGAAGGUGUCUCCUUAACACUAAAAUUACAGGGGAUGAUGCUCCUGGGGAGACUUGGCACAUGGUUUUUUCCCAUGAAGGAGAGGUUCCUUACAGAGAGGGGCAGUCUAUUGGAGUCAUUGCCGAUGGUGUUGACAAGAAUGGAAAGCCUCAUAAGUUGAGAUUGUACUCAAUUGCCAGCAGUGCCCUUGGUGAUUUCGGUGAUUCUAAAACUGUUUCAUUGUGUGUAAAACGACUUGUCUACACCAAUGAUGCCGGAGAAGUAGUCAAGGGAGUCUGCUCGAACUUCUUGUGUGACUUGAAACCUGGUGCUGAAGUGAAGAUAACAGGGCCAGUUGGAAAGGAGAUGCUGAUGCCUAAAGACCCUAAUGCAACUAUUAUCAUGCUUGCAACUGGAACUGGAAUUGCUCCUUUUCGUUCAUUCUUGUGGAAGAUGUUCUUCGAAAAGCAUGAUGAUUACAAGUUUAAUGGCUUGGCUUGGCUGUUUUUGGGUGUACCCACAAGCAGUUCUCUGCUCUACAAAGAGGAAUUUGAAAAGAUGAAAGAGAAGGCUCCAGAAAACUUCAGGCUAGAUUUUGCUGUGAGCCGUGAGCAGACUAACGAGAAAGGAGAGAAGAUGUACAUUCAAACUCGUAUGGCACAAUACGACAAGGAGCUAUGGGAAUUGCUGAAGAAAGAUAACACUUACGUCUACAUGUGUGGACUCAAGGGAAUGGAGAAAGGAAUUGAUGAAAUCAUGGUUCCAUUGGCUGCUGCUGAGGGGAUCGAUUGGAUUGAAUACAAGAGGCAAUUGAAGAAGGCAGAGCAGUGGAACGUUGAAGUCUACUGAUAACCCAUGUACAAAGAUCGUCUUUAUUGUUUACUUAUUCAAAAUAAUCCCAGUUUCUCACUGCACCUCGUAGUUAGGUCAGUUUUUUUCUCAAUACUAUUUAUCAUCAUAGCAUAUAACUUGUGUUGGAACUCGGAAGGCCAGUGUUUGAGCUAAUAUAGUGAAACUCAUUUUCAACAAUUGUGUUUCAGCUUCAGAUUGUUGUAUGCUUUACAAAUAUGAACCAACCUCAUAACGUUGAGUUUUAUUGAUUGUUUAGGAUAUUCUUUUUGAUUGA